UUCUGGAAGGCAAUCUACCAGUCUUUUAACAGUGGUCAUUUCUUAAGAAAGCAGUAGGUGGAUAGUGUGCAGGGAAUGAGAUCUUUCAAUAUUUGGAAUUUUUCAUUUGGAAUUACCAUGUUACAUUUAUAAUAUCCCUCAAACCCAAAAUACUAUGUUUCUUAGCUUUUGUGAGAAAGAGGGAGUUAGUCUAUCUUAAUAAUAAUACUAUUUUUUUAAUGUUUUAUUUUAUUUUUGAGAGAGACAGUGCAAGCAGGGGAGGGGCAGAGAGAGAGGGAGACACAAAAUCUGAAGCAGGUUCCAGGCUCUGAGCUGUCAGCACAGAGCCCGACGCGGGGCCUGAACCCAUGAACUGUGAGAUCAUGACGUGAGCUGAAGUUGGACACUCAAUCAACUGAGCCGCCUGGGCACCCAAUGAUACUACUACUUUUCAAUGCUAAUUAAUAUAAUGAGAUCACAUUUUGUAUAUAUCAACUGCACAUUUAUUUUUAAUAUUUAUUUAUUUUGAGAUAGAGCACGCACAUGAGCAGAGGAGGGGCCGAGAGAGGGGGAGAGAGAGAAUCCCAAGGAGGCUCUGUGAUGUCAGUGCAGAGCCCAGUGAGGGGCUUGAAUUCAUGAACCAUGAAAUUGUGACCUGAACCAAAAUCAAGAGUUGGAUGCUUAACCAGCUGAGCCACCCAGGUGCCCCUGACUAAAUCCUUUAGAGAGUGAGCUUCCUUGUUAAAGUUGUAUUCCCUGAAUGACUAUAAACCACCCAUUUCUAAAGCCAAAAUGACCCAAAUUACUAAGGCUGCCAUCAAAGCUAUUAAGUUCUAUAAACACGUGGUACAGAGUGUUGAGAAAUUCAUUCAGAAAUGUAAACCAGAAUACAAGGUACCUGGACUUUAUGUUAUUGACUCUAUUGUACGACAAUCUCGACAUCAGUUUGGUCAAGAAAAGGAUGUGUUUGCACCCAGAUUUAGUAAUAACAUCAUUAGUACUUUCCAGAAUUUAUAUCGUUGCCCUGGGGAUGAUAAGAGUAAAAUAGUGAGAGUAUUAAACUUAUGGCAGAAAAAUAAUGUGUUUAAGAGUGAGAUUAUUCAGCCUCUUCUGGAUAUGGCAGCAGGGAUUCCUCCCCCGGUUGUCACACCUGUUUUGGCCAGUACUACUGCUGCUAUGAGCAACACCCCAGGAACGCCUGUGACACCUGUUACUCCAGCCAAUGUUGUCCAGGGUCUGCCCGAUCCAUGGGUAUCUCAGAUAACAAAUACAGAUACACUUGCCGCUGUAGCUCAGAUCUUACAAAGUCCUCAAGGCCAACAGCUUCAGCAGUUGAUACAAACUUUACAACUCCAGCAGCAGAAGCCUCAGCCUUCUAUCCUGCAGGCCCUGGAUGCUGGGCUGGUUGUGCAGUUGCAAGCUCUCACGGCCCAGCUGACGGCGGCAGCUGCAGCGGCCAACACCCUGAACCCCUUAGAACAGGGGGUGUCUUUCAACAAGAAGUUGAUGGAUAGGUUUGAUUUUGGGGAAGAUUCUGAGCAUAGUGAAGAACCCAAAAAGGAAAUUUCAGCUUCUCAACUUUCUCAUGUUUCAGAAUCUGUGAACAAUUCAAUUUUUCAUCAGAUAGCAGAACAACUACAGCAGCAAAACCUUGAACAUCUCAGACAGCAGCUCCUGGAACAGCAACAGCCUCAAAAGGCAACCCCUCAGGAUAGUCAGGAAGGAACAUUUGGAUCAGAACAUUCAGCAUCACCAUCACAAGGGAGCAGUCAACAGCAUUUCCUCGAACCUGAAGCAAAUUUGGAUGAUUCUAUAGAUAUUCAGCAACAGGACAUGGAUAUAGAUGAAGGGCAAGAUGGAGUGGAAGAGGAGAUCUUCGAACAAGAAGCAAAAAAAGUGGCUGUUCGCUCAAGAUCAAGAACACAUUCACGAUCUCGUUCAAGAUCGCCAAGGAAACGAAGGUCUCGGUCGCGAUCUGGUUCUCGAAAGCGUAAACACAGAAAGCGAUCACGCUCACGCUCAAGAGAAAGAAAGAGGAAAUCAUCACGUUCAUACUCAAGUGAAAGGAGAGCAAGAGAAAGGGAGAAAGAACGACAGAAGAAGGGAUUACCUCCAAUUAGAUCUAAAACAUUAAGUGUAUGUAGUACUACUUUAUGGGUUGGUCAGGUGGAUAAGAAGGCAACCCAGCAAGAUUUAACCAAUCUGUUUGAAGAGUUUGGACAAAUUGAAUCCAUUAAUAUGAUUCCUCCCAGGGGCUGUGCGUAUGUCUGCAUGGUUCACCGACAAGAUGCUUUCCGGGCUCUUCAGAAACUUAGUUCUGGAUCAUAUAAAAUUGGGUCCAAGGUCAUUAAGAUUGCUUGGGCUUUAAACAAAGGUGUAAAAACAGAAUAUAAACAAUUUUGGGAUGUGGAUCUUGGAGUUACAUACAUACCAUGGGAAAAAGUUAAAGUGGAUGACUUGGAAGGUUUUGCAGAAGGAGGCAUGAUUGACCAGGAAACUGUAAAUACUGAGUGGGAAACUGUGAAAAGCUCAGAACCUGUUAAAGAGACGGUCCAGACAACUCAGAGCCCAACUCCAGUUGAAAAGGAGACAGUGGUCACAACCCAGGCAGAGGUUUUUCCUCCACCUGUUGCUAUGUUACAGAUUCCAGUGGCGCCAGCUGUGCCUACAGUUAGUUUAGUUCCACCAGCAUUUCCGGUCUCCAUGCCGGUUCCUCCUCCUGGAUUCAGUCCAAUCCCUCCACCUCCUUUUCUGCGAGCGAGUUUUAACCCUUCACAACCACCUCCUGGUUUCAUGCCACCUCCAGUUCCACCACCUGUUGUACCGCCACCUGCUAUUCCACCAGUAGUACCAACAUCUUUAGUGCAGCCGCCAUUAUCCAUGACUCCAGAAACCGUGAAAGAUGUUGGAUUUGGUAGUCUUGUUUUACCGGGUGGUUCUGUUGCCAGCAAUCUUGCUACUUCUGCUCUGCCAGCUGGAAAUGUUUUUAAUCCUCCAACUAAACAAGCAGAGCCUGAAGAAAAAGUACCUCAUCUUAUAGACCACCAGAUUCCUUCUGCUGAAAACACCAGAUCAGUGAUUCCAAAUGAUAUUUCCAGUAGCUCUGCACUUUUAGGAGGACAGCCACCAAAUGUGACAAGCAAUUCUGGAAUUUUGGGAGUCCAAAGACCAAAUGUGUCGAGUAAUUCUGAAAUGAUUGGAGUCCGGCCAUCUAAUGUUUCCAGUAGUGCUGGGAUUAUUGGACCCCAGCCACCAAAUAUUCUAAAUAACUCUGGAAUUUUGGGACUACAGCCACCAACUGUGUCAAGUAGUUCUGGACUUUUGGGAGUGCUACCCCCAAAUAUUCCUAAUAAUUCGGGACUAAUAGGAGUACAGCCGCCAAAUGUUCCAAACACUGCUGGACUUUUGGGAACACAGCCACCAGCCGGGCCUCAAAACUUACCCCCUUUAAAUCUCCCUGGUCAAAGGAUGCCUGCAAUGCCAAUGUUAGACAUUCGUCCGGGACUAAUACCACAGACACCUGGACCAAGAUUCCCUUUAAUACAGCCUGGAAUCCCACCCCAGCGGGGAAUCCCUCCCCCGUCGGUACUUGAUUCAGCUCUUCAUCCACCACCCCGUGGUCCGUUUCCUCCAGGAGAUAUUUUUAGUCAGCCAGAAAGACCUUUUCUGGUUCCUGGAAGACAAAGUGUAGACAAUGUUACUAAUCCAGAGAAAAGGAUACCACUCGGGAAUGAUAACAUUCAACAGGAAGGAGAUAGAGAUUACCGGUUUCCUCCCAUGGAAGCCAGGGAAAGCAUUAGUAGACCUCCCCCGGUGGAUGUUAGGGAUGUGGUUGGACGGCCUAUAGAUCCAAGAGAAGGUCCUGGAAGGCCUCCGUUAGAUGGUAGGGAUCAUUUUGGAAGACCUCCUGUCGAUAUUAGAGAGAAUCUUGUGAGGCCAGGCAUAGAUCAUCUUGGUCGAAGAGACCACUUUGGCUUUAAUCCAGAGAAGCCCUGGGGGCACAGAGAUUUUGAUGAGAGAGAACAUCGGGUUCUGCCUGUCUAUGGUGGUCCAAAAGGCUUACAUGAAGAAAGAGGUCGAUUUCGGUCUGGAAGUUAUCGAUUUGAUCCUAGAAGUGGUCCUUGGAACAGAGGAUUUGGACAAGAAGUUCACAGAGAUUUUGAUGACCGCAGAAGACCCUGGGAGAGGCAAAGGGAUAGGGAUGACAGAGAUUUUGAUUUCUGCAGAGAAAUUAAUGGAAACCGUCUUGGACGAGAUAGAAUUCAAAACACCUGGGUCCCCCCUCCUCAUGCUCGGGUUUUUGAUUUUUUUGAAGGGGCCACUUCUCAACGAAAAGGUGAUAACGUGCCUCAGGUUAACGGUGAAAAUACUGAGAGACAUGCCCAACCACCGCCUUUACCAGUACAGAAUGAUCCUGAACUUUAUGAAAAACUGACAUCUUCAAGUGAAAUAAACAAGGAGAAGAGUGACACAGUUGCUGAUAUAGAAAGUGAACCAGUGGUAGAAAGCACAGAAACUGAGGGGACAUAAUCAUCACUCAGUAGGUAAAAGAUACCUUUUGUAAAGUUGUCAUCUCUCUGUAAUAGAUUAAUGGCUGACUGGACCAUAGUUGUUCACUUUUGUCUGCCAGAAUUAAGUUAAUCUGAUGUUCAUGUUCACCUUUCUCUUAAAAUAAUUGUACAACUGACUUGUAUAGACAUUGUUCUUAAUAUGAACAUGGUAGGUAAACAUUUUUUAUUUUUCUGAUAAAAUAUAAAUGUUGCCCCCAGAUUCUUUUAACUUCAAGGAAAUGAAUAACAGCUUGUCAGAGACUUCCUAUGGAAGAAAGAAUUUUUUUAGAUACUACCAUUAGGUUGGAUAUGGUAAUAGAUAUAUUUCAAAAUAGCAAGUGGUGGUAUAUCUUAUCCAUAUCUUUAGGCUGCUGCAGAAUUUUAAAGUAAUAGACAAAGCUGUGAUAUUUUAUGCAAAGACUGGCUCUAGAUAUUUGAGGAGCACAAUACAGAGAUUUUAAAAAGUGAUUUUGUAAAAUCUACACUAUGGUCUCUGUUUCUCCAAAGUAAGUGUUUGUGAUUUGUUCCUCAUACUGCAGUGAGUAAAAAAGAAAAAGAAAAAAAAAAAAAAAAAAAAAAAAAAAAAGAAAACAACAUAAAUAUUAAAGUACGUUUCAAUGUUGGGUGAAUUUUGUUUUUAGAUGCCAAUAAAACUUAUUUGUUUGAUAACAGUGUUCUAGGAAUUGUAUUUUUUUAAUCUACAAAUUCUUAAAACGUUGGAUCAUUAGCAGCAUGUGCUUAGUUGUUGCAGAAGUUUUUUUACUACUCUUGAUAACAAUGAAGAACUGUGUGGUGGAAAAACAUGUACUUUGAUAUAAAAAUCAUGCAGUCUCAUUAGUAUGUAUGUAAUAUCUGUAUAUAUUUAUUGUGUAAAUCCUAUGUAGAUUUUUCUGUUUCUCUGUAUGUGUCUUCAUGUACAUACAGAGAAAAAUAGUUGAUAGUUUAGAUUAUAAAAUAUUCUUUAAAAUCGGAUAGAAAAUUAGAGAAAUUUGGCUAAUUGACAAUGCUCAUAGUCAAAACUCUUAGCCUUUAUGAAGGUAAAAUAAGAAAUAUUGUAAAGAAAUGCAUUGACAGUUUGGCAGUUCUUUUUUAACAUAGUUAGGCAUGAAGCCAGAGUUAGCAUGGAGCCAGAAUUCACUUAAAUGCUUGCAUUGCUUUGUUUCACAUUAUAUUUGCUAUUCUGCAUAGAUACUGCUAGUACUAAAGUACUUAUCGGUCACUUGCCUGAGGUGAAUUUCUUAAUUGCACAGAAUAUAUAGAGGUGUUGAUUGAUUUAAAAACAUUAUAUUUUAGGAACAAAGUGUCCAUCGUGUGUUCUGUAGGCUGUGGGUAACACUGUUCAGAUUAGCCUCCAAGGUAAACUGAGUAGCAGAAAAAUUGGGGAUUGGUUUCCUAUUUAUUUAUUUAUUUUUGCUUUUAAUUUUCAUUUAUUUGCUAUUUGUUUCUCCUUUGGGUUUUACAUAUAUAUAUAUAUAUAUAUACAUAUAUUAAAAACCAUUGGUGUUUUUUUUUUUUCAUUCCUAAUGAAGGCUUUUAUUUGGUCCUAUGAAUAGUCCUUUUGUUUCCUAUGCAUUCCCAGCCACUCAUCAUUUGCUCUAUUUCUCUAAAAUUCUUAAGCUACAUUUGUCAAGCCUGCCUAAAAUAAGGAUAGAACACACCAGCCCUGUAAAGUUGGAUUUAAAUGUAAAUUUAAAAUGGGAUUGUUUUGGCUUACCUCUUGAUAAUCUAAACAGCUGUAAGAGCUUUAAGGUUGGUUCCUGGCCAAAAAUCAAGUCAUUUCUUCUUAAAGGUUCUGAACAGAAAUAGUACAUUAUUACUUUCGUUAUGUGAAAAAGUGGGUAAACGUGGAAAUUUGGUGUUUAUUUUUAAGGUAAUUCAAUAUAGUCCAGUAAUUUGAGUUGGUUUCAGAUCUUUUCCUUAGGGUAACAGGAAAAACUGUGACAGUGGUGCAAAGUAUUAACGUUCGGGAAUGAUUAGCCUUGUCCUUAAGGAAAUUAUAUUGACUGGGAUUUCAAACUACUUUAGUUGUAUUUACCAUUAUUAAAAUUAAGUGAUAUUCACUUGGAUUAAGUAGCAAUAAAAAAUGUAGACUUUUCAGUGACUUUUGAUCCCAAGUUUUUAAUCACUGCUGGGCCUUCAUGUGUAAACUUGAAAACAAAAUAUGUAGAAGCAUCGCACUGGUUUGAAGAUUCUGGUGGUGACAGUUAACCUAAUCAGUUGUCAGUAGUGUAUCUAGAAACCUAUCUUGGGAGUGUGUGACACUCUUAAAAUAGUUGAGAAAAAUUUAUGUCUACUUGUUCUCACUUUGUCCUUAUUUUGUAGUAUAGUAUUUAAGUGAAGGAUAUUACUCAUCCUUAUACUGAAUUUCCCAAGUUUAUAUUUACGUUCACUAGUUUUUUGAAUGAUGGAGAGAAAUUGUCUUGAUUAAGUUUGACGUAGAACCUAUCGUGUUUUUGAUGCGUUUGAUCCCAGUGCUGUCACUAGAAUACUAGCCAGUAGAAAUAGCAAGGAGUGACCUGACCACUUGAGUACAGUUGUUCGAAGUGCUGCAGGCAGUAUCUACAUGAGCCACCAAAUCAAUAGUGUCUUGAUUUGUGAUGUGUUAGAGAACAAUAUGACUCUCAGUAUAAUAGACUACAGUUUUAGUAGAUGCUUUCUAAAUGUUUUUUUUUGCCUUUAAACAUUUCAUUAAUCAUUGGCUUCUGUUUAUAGCAUAAAUACAUACAGUGCACUCUGAUCAUUUAUAUUGCAGUUAGAAACUUGUUUUACAGCACAGCAGUCAUCUGCAGCACAUUGUAGGUGGAAUGCUAAAUUUAUUUCAGUAUGUAGGAUGGGAAAUGUUUAGCAUUGGAAGGUGGAAUAGUAUAAAAUUAUUUGUUUAAAACUCUGGAAAUGACUUUAUAUAAUAUUUAAUUGAUAACAUUUGUUCAUUAUUUAAGCUAUUACAUUCUUACCAGAGUUUCUUUUGUCCUGAUAAUUUAGUGGUCUCAUUAAAUGUAUUGGCCAUUUUCACUCAUAUAAAAGAUUAUAGUUUAUGGAGCCACACGUUUAAGGUUGUUUUGGGGUGGGUCGGUUUUAUUACACUCAAAAAGAAAAACUUACCUCUUUCAGUUUGAAAAAGUAUUUUUUUUAUAAACACCAUUGUUCAUCAGAUCUAAGGUGCCAUUCAUUGUAAGAAGCAUCGUUCAGGAAUAAAAACUGUUUCCAGCAUGACAUGCCAGGGAUUACAAGACCCAUCCUAUUUCGGAAAUGUCAAAUCUAAUGGUGUCUUAGAAUCAAAGAAAUGCGGUAUUCAUUAUGAACUUUAUAUAGAUAUAUAUAUAAUCCCUUAUUCAUUGAAUGAUUUAAAGAACAAUUUUGAUGUUUUUUUGUCAUUGUAUAUAUUUCAAAUGGGCACAACUUUAAAGAAAAAGUAAAUUUUAAUAUCCAAUUAAAAAUAAUUUUGUUAUACCUUAUGUGCCUUUAUUAUUACUUUAUGGGGUGCUAUAUUAAUAAAAUGUUUUAAGGGCUUUUAACUUUCAGAGAAAGGAAACAUUAAAAUUUUUCUCUUUAAAUGUUUUACAUAAUGUAGAAGAGGAGAAGCAAGUAUCUUUAUAUUCAUUUUUAAGAUAGGCAAAAUUAAAAACUAAAUAUUUGUAAAUAUAAUAAAUACUGCAGUGUGGCAGAGAAUUAUAAAUGUUUCCUUAAUUGAGGAUGCUGUGGUUUUAUAUAAAACAUCUUUUAAACUAUAACUUAAGUUUUUUAAGCACUAAAAUUUUAAUUUUCCACUUCAAAAGAAAUAAAGGUUACUACUUUUUAAUGGGAGAUUUAAAUACAAGACACCUUGGUUUAGCAAAACUUUCUGGAAUUAGAAUUCAAAAUUAAUGGCCCAGAUUGUUUUCUUUAGGGGAGUGUAUACUUUAAAUAGGGAUGUACAUAUUGAAAACAAUUUGAAAUACUCUGUGGUUCUCAGACAAGAAAUAUACAACAGAAUCACCUGUGGAAAUAGGAGGUGGGGGGAUGUCACCACAGACUUACAAAUACAGAAUCCCCUAGGAAGAUACAUAUUUUUAUACACACACACACACACACACACACACACACACUCUUCCCUGGGUGUAUAUGUAUGCUUUUUAGAACCCCACAAACUACCACUUCAAAUAGAUUAAAACAUGUAAAUACUUAAUAUGCCAUGCACUUGAGAUUCUUCAAAAAAAAUUUUAAGUAAAAUACUUUGGUAAUACAAAAAUUAUUUUUAAUGUUUCAAUAAAGUAUAUACUGUGGCAGUUGGCAUUGGAGUAUGAAUAAAAAAUAGAGAAGUCAUCACAGUUCUAAACUCAUUAAAGCAUUAAUAAUUAAUCUAAAAGAUGAAUUAAGGGAAGAAAGGCAUGGAAGGAAACAUCUUGACAUGGUUUUAUAGGAAGUAUUUUUGACUCAAUUGAGACUUAGUUAUAGGAUACCUCAAAGAAAAAUUUACUUGAUUUAAAUGCUUUGAUUAUGGAAAGGGACCCUUUGGGACAAGAUUGUGAGUGUCAGAUUUAUCAAGGACUAGUAAUAUUUCUAGUAGGACUACUUAGAUGUGGUUGCAUGUCAGAAACUAACACAGAUCGGUGAUUUAUUUUGCAUGAGCUUUGCUGAGACAUUUUUCUUCCCCUCUACUUAAUUCUCUCCUGUUUUGGGGUUCUCUUUUCAUUCUAUAUGUACACUUAGAAUUACUCUGCCCUGAUCUAAUCAUGCUAUAGAACAAAUAAUCUAAGUAACUUGUAAACUAUAAUAGUAGAUCAAGGGGUAGAAUUGUGCUAAUGGACUAAGUUUACAUCAUAGAAGUGGUAGGUGCAUCGGAUAGUAGGAUUGUAGCAGGAUUCUCACACAGAAAGUCAUGACACCAAGGCUUUUGUUUCCAGGAAGCAACUUUAUUCAUGCCAGCAUGGCUCAGUUGUGUUCGUACCCUAAGAACUGAGCCCCGAACGCCUGUGGCAUAGUCUUUUAUGCAUUUUUGACUUCUUUGUUUUCCAUAUAUGGUAACACACAAACAUGCAGUCUGAUUAAGUGGUCUCAUGUUACAAGGUCCUGAGCGAGGUUAUGUUCCUGUGUAGCCAGGUUGCCUUGAGGGUUUUUGUUUUUUGGGUUUUGUUUUUUCAUUUUUUAGGGAGGGGACCCUACCACAGGAUGACCUAUAGUGAAGGAAGUGGAGGAGGGAGCUCUUAUGCACAGAGCUCACUAGAUGGUAGAGAGUAAACUUAGAACUUGUGACUUUGAGCCCUGAAUUAAUGAGAAGCAGAGGAGUUUAAUGAGCGUGUUACUCUGGCAUAGCAAUGGCAGAUAUGUUGCACUUGGUUGACCUGUGUUGUUUGGCCCUCUCCACACUCCAUGGGAGCUAUCACUAUUUUGUCGUACUUUUCUGCCUUUCUCAGAAUUCUCCAAUCCUUCUCGGGGCACCUGGGUGGCUUAGUUGGUUAAGUGUCUGACUUCUGCUCAGCUCAUGACCUUGCAGUUCAUAAGUUUGAGCCCUGCGUCGGGCUCUGUGCUUGACAGUUCAGAGCCUGGAGCCUGCUUCGGAUUCUGUGUCUCCCCCUUUCUCCCUCUGUCUCUCUCCCUCUCUCUCAAAAAUAAAUAAGCAUUAAAAAAAAAUGUAAAAAACGUCAUCAUAGCACUCCAGCCUCCUUUUUGAUCCUUUAUUCCAAGCAAGGACUAUCAGUUGGAUAUAAUUGUAUUGAAAGCAGUUUGCUGCCCCUUGGCUUAGCGGUUUCUAGGGUCAUUUCUAGUGUUUAAACACCUUGAGUAUAUGAAAUAAAUUUUCUCCUCUGUAAAAGACCACUUGAGGAAACCAGAGGAACAAAAGGAAAGACUAACAACAUUGGAACUUUUUAAGAGACCACAGAUUUCCAUGCCAUUAGGUUUUCAAAACUAUUUUUAACAUUUGCUAGAUAUAUACGUCUUUUAGACAAGUUACUGUAUCUCCAAGCAUCAUUUCUUAAUAACUAAUCUGCACGGUUACAUUUUUAAAAUGGUCAUUGGUGAUGUUAGCUAGUACUUAACAGACGUGUACUAUGUGACAAGAACUGGGAUAAUUUUAUUACCUGUAUAAGACUCAUGACAAUCUUGUAUUUUGCUAACAAGCCUGUCACAGAUUUGUUUCCCAGGGUCACACAACUUGUAAAUAUUUGAGGAAAGGUUGAAACCCAGGUCUAUCAUUUUGAAAAGUUAGUGUGUAGCACCUGCUAAGGUUCGAGACAUACAUGGCAGAGGCUCACCAAGUGUUAGCUCCUCUUCUCUUUAAAAGGCAAAAAAAAAAAAAACCCACAAUAAAAAGAUAAAA